AUGGGCAAGGUAGAGAGAAGACCAAACUUCCUUGUCAUUGUCGCCGACGAUCUCGGCUUCAGUGACAUCUCUCCCUAUGGAAGUGAAAUUGAGACACCAACUCUUGCAAAGCUGGCCAAAGAGGGCAUUCGUAUGACCAACUUCCACACAGCAUCUGCAUGCUCCCCGACUCGGUCAAUGCUGUUUUCCGGAACAGACAAUCACAUUGCCGGACUUGGACAAAUGGCAGAAUUCAUGCGAAACUUCGGAGAUUACUUCAAGAACAAGCCCGGCUACGAGGGAUACCUAAACUGGCGUGUAGCAGCUCUAUCAGAGAUCCUGCAAGACUCGGGGUACCACACAAUCAUGUCUGGAAAAUGGCAUCUUGGAAUGACCAAGGAAAUUGCACCAUGCUCCAGAGGCUUUGACAAAAACUUCUCCUUGCUUCCAGGCGCAAGUAACCAUUACAACUAUGAGCCUCAGUUGGAUGACGGUGAAUUCCAGGCACCAUGUAUAAACACGACAGGCUUCUGGAUGGAAGGAGAGAAAAUCCUUGAUCGAACAGCAGAUCUCCCUAAACAUUUCUAUUCAACUCGCACAUUCACCGAUAAGAUGAUAGGUUUCCUUGAAAAUCGCACAGAGGAGGAAUCGCAGAAGCCGUUCUUUGCUUAUUUGCCCUAUACGGCGCCGCAUUGGCCUCUACAGGCUCCUCGGAAGAUUAUUGAGAAAUACGCGGGCAAGUAUGAUGACGGACCUGAUGACUUGACACAGAAGAGGCUCCAACGUCUUAAGGAGUUAGGACUGGUGGAUGAGGCUGUGGAACAUGCCUCUCCAGUUGGGAAACUUGGCAAAGACUGGAAUGAGAUGUCACCGGAAGAGAAGAAUAUAUCCGCGCGGAAGAUGGAGGUUUUCGCUGCAAUGGUUGAUCAACUCGAUGCCAAUGUUGGCCGGGUUAUUGAGCACCUUGAGUCUACAGGCGAGCUGGACAAUACAUUCGUCUUGUUCAUGUCAGACAAUGGCGCGGAAGGCGCAGCUUUGGAGGCUCUACCGCUCAUGGGAGGCAAAAAGACGAUGGGAGAUAUUAUUUCCAAGUAUUAUAAUAACGCACUGGAGAACAUUGGUGAGCCCGACUCAUUUGUGUGGUAUGGUGCUCGCUGGGCCUGUGCCGCAACCGCCCCUUCACGAGGUUUCAAGGGGUGGGUAACUGAAGGUGGAAUCCGCUGUCCUUGCGUGAUCCGCUAUCCUCCAUUCCAUGCCAAACCCGAAGCCAUCACCGACGCAUUCACUACAGUAAUGGAUAUCCUUCCAACCAUCCUGGACUUAGCCGGAGUAGCCCAUCCAGGCCCACAGUUCCGUGGACGAGAAGUCGUUCUUCCGCGUGGCCAGUCGUGGGUUUCACAUCUAGCCUCAAGUGACUAUAAAUCCACUAGUGUCCACAAAGGAGACGUCCAUAUUCAUGGAUGGGAGCUGUUUGGAAUGCGAGCGAUUCGGGAGGGCAAGUGGAAGGCAGUUUGGAUUGCUCAGCCCCGUGGGAAGGAUGAGUGGGAGCUUUUCAAUGUAGAAACCGAUCCCGCUGAAAUCCAUGAUCUUGCACAAAGUCAGCCAGGUGUUCUCGCUCGACUAGUCCAGCAUUGGGAGCAAUAUUAUGCGGAGACGGGGAUGGUGCAGACACCCGUCGUUGACAGGAAGAUAGCCAUUGAGCUCAAUUCCCAGGGCAUCAGAUACGGAGUGGAAGUCACAGAUACCAAAGAGGAUGGCGAUCGUGUGAUCCUGGCCACCCGCGACACCAACGGGUCUGGUAUUUGCCGGUUUGAAGCUCGUUAUGUCAUCGGAGCUGAUGGUGGUCGUGGUCUCACUGACGAACUCGGCAUUAAGUGGGAAGGGGAAAGAGACAUUAUCGAUAUGGUCUCUGCCCAUUUCAAAGCACCUUUGGGUGCCCGCCAUCCCGAUCCCAGGAAUUUCAUUACCUGGUUCAUCGAUCCUUUGAAAGGUGGCAGUAUCCGAACAGGAUAUCUUUAUCACCUCGGUCCCUACCCAGUAACUACAGAGACGGAAGAAUGGCUCUUCGCUUGCGCUGUCAAUCCAGAGAAUGUCCAGGACUUCAAGACCGAGGAUAUGAUUGAGCGGAUCCAUGAUACUCUUCAGGUCCCCAAUUUGGAUACUAACCUCAUAAGUCUGUCUCAUUGGCGCGUCAACAGUAUCGUCGCAGAGAAAUACAGGAGCGAAAACGGUCGUAUCUUUCUCGUUGGUGAUGCCGCGCACCGCAUUCCACCUUGGGGAGCUCUAGGGCUGAACACCGGAAUCCAAGACGCACACAAUUUGGUCUGGAAACUCGGUCUAGCAAUCCGCAGCAAUAAACUGGGUCGUUAUAAUGCUCUACUUGAUACAUAUGAAACGGAACGUCGUCCCAUCGGACUUCGAGUUUCACAAACCAGUCUGCACAACCUUCUGUCCCAUGCCCUAGUUAUGGACCGUGCACUGGGGAUCUCAACCCAGAACAACACAGAGUCAAACGUGAAAGCCAUGGAAGAAUACUUCAUACCACACUCAACAGAAGGUAAAUCAAGACGACAAGCUGUCCGGAAUGCCCAAAAUAUUCUAGACACCGAGUUCCACGCACUCGGCGCUGAGAUUGGAUGGUUUUACCCCAACAUCGAUCCAGAAACCCCAAUCACCUCCUCGAACCACGGCGGGCAGCUUCUCCCCAAUGGUCCAUACGCGGAAGCGACUUAUGACGGAGUUACCCGAGUCGAGCGUAUCCGGGACUCGGGCUGGAGGGAUGCCGAUGGCAUGUGGGCCAAUUUUAAAGGGCAUUUAGCCGGCAUCCUCGAACUCAACUUCACCAGUGUUUUCGGCGUCCUAGCCGCCAUAUAUUCGGCUUUUUCUGCCGAUAUCGGUCUCAAAUAG